AUGACUCUGGCAGAGACGAUCUCACAGUUUAUGCUCGAGACUUAUCUCACCUCGUCGCCGUCCGUACCAAUACGACGCUUCGCCUCAAAGUUCGCCCCGUCAGCCAGCGAGGUCAACAUCCCGCCCGCCAGAGAGCCCAGCGCCACGAUCCCAACGGCAGAAGCCCUCCUCAAUCCGCCACCGACCACUCGCCCGCCUCCUCUCGACGUGCCUGCCCGCGACCCGCAAAAGUCUCUCCCCGCGUACCUCUUCUCCGUCGGCAAGACCUACAUCACAUUCUACAAGACCGGGCUCCGCAACAUCCUCACAAACCGGAAGCUCCUGGCUGCAUCCUCCGCCGCGGCGCCCCCGAAGCUAGACAAGCACGGCCGCGCCUCGACCUUCCCGUCGCGGGCGGACUUUGUCCUCCAGGCCCGCACGCGGCACGACAUCGCCCGCCUCCCCGUGUUCGGCCUGGUCAUCCUGAUCUGCGGCGAGUUCACGCCCUUGGUCGUUGUGGCCUUUCCCAAGCUCACCCCCUACACGUGCCGCAUCCCCAAGCAGAUCGACAUCCUCCGCCGCACGGCCGAGACGAGGCGCGAGGCGAGCUUCAAGGCGCUCCGCAACGCGGCUCCCGAAACGCCGUCAUCAGCAACACAGCAACAAGGGAACGGGGACAAGAGCAGCAGCAGCAGCAGCCACGAGCUCACUGGUGCUAUCGCGAAGCUGGCCCCGGGCCACAUCGCCCGCACCCUGGGCCUGACGAGCCGGAUAUGGGACCGGGUCGGCAUCGACAGCCCGUUCAGCGCGGCGCUCAGCCAGCGCGCGGUGCGCAAGAUCGCGGCCGACGACCGCCUGAUCAGGCGUGACGGCGGUGUCGGCGGAUUGAUCGACGAUGAGGUUGUCCUCGCGUGCGAGCAGCGCGGGAUGAACGUCCGGGACCAGCAGGCUCGGAACCUGCGGAGGAGGCUCGAUGAAUGGGUUCGCACGACUACUCGUGGCGGUGAUCGUGGUGCGGCAGAGGCAGGCGAGGCUGAUUCCGCGACAGAGGCGGCCGUGCGGAAGAUGUUACUCUCGGAAGAGGUCAUACUUGGCAAGGGCGUCACAACAUGA